CAGCGCGCGGCCGCGCGUUCCGGGGGAAGGGGCCGGGCGCGGGACAUCGGCGCCGCCAUCAUGGCGGCCUGAGGCGCGGCGGGGAAGGCGCCGGGAGCCGCAGGGCGGGAGGAAGGCGGAGAGGCCGGAGCGGCGAGUCACUUUUUGUCAGGAUUCAAAACCUAGAAUGGCAGGAGAACAGAAACCGUCCUGCAAUCUUCUUGAACAGUUUAUUUUACUAGCCAAAGGCACAAGUGGCUCAGCUCUGACUGCUCUUAUAAACCAAGUGCUGGAGGCUCCUGGGGUUUACGUCUUCGGAGAGCUACUGGAGUUAACAAAUGUGCAAGAGCUUGCCGAAGGGCCUAAUGCUGCUUAUUUCCAGUUGCUGAAUCUGUUUGCGUAUGGAACAUACCCAGACUAUGUAGCAAACAAAGAUAACCUGCCUGAAUUAACAGUGACUCAGAAAAACAAGUUGAAACACUUGACGAUUGUAAGCCUGGCUUCCAGAAUGAAGUGUAUUCCCUACUCUGUGUUGCUGAAGGACCUGGACAUGAGGAAUCUGAGGGAGCUGGAAGAUCUCAUUAUUGAAGCGGUUUAUACAGAUAUUAUCCAGGGGAAGCUAGAUCAACGCAAUCAGGUGCUAGAGGUCGAUUUUUGUAUCGGCAGAGACAUUCAGAAGAAGGACAUCAGUAACAUUGUCAAAACGCUCCAGGAAUGGUGCGACGGUUGUGAAGCCGUUCUUUUAGGAAUUGAGCAGCAAGUACUUAGAGCCAACCAAUACAAAGAAAACCAUCACCGAACUCAGCAGCAGGUAGAGAUGGAGGUCACAAACAUAAAGAAAACAUUAAAAGCCACAGCUUCGUCGUCGGCACAGGAGAUGGAACAGCAGCUGGUAGAGCGAGAAUGCCCACCACAUGCAGAACAAAGGCAGCCCACAAAGAAGAUGUCCAAAGUCAAAGGGCUGGUCUCCAGCCGUCACUAGAACAUACCAUCUAAAUGUCAUUCAGCUAGGAAUGACAGCCGGAGGAGCAAAAAAGGGCCUGUGUCUCCUUUUUCAGUGGGUUCUGGGCCAGUCCCUUCCAGGCUGGCAAAAAAAAGCCCUGUUUGAAUACAGCUCCCAGUUAGCAGCACCUGGCCAAGUUACACUGUGCAGGCCCUAUUCAUUUCCAGGGUGUCCCUGUUUUCCUGGUCCUUUAAAGAGGCACUUCUAAAGAGAAGGACUAACCAAAGGGGCAGAAAAAGAGAAAUCUGUGGACAGUUUUGCUCCCUCCCAGCCACUCUCACUGCUGCUCAGCCUUGAGGAAGCUGCUGUACUAAAUCAGAUCUUGGGAGAAGUUCUGUAGCAAGUAUCUGAAUUCCAGGGUUGAAGUGUGGCUUCCAAAGCCAGGCUGGGAGUGAGGAAGCCAUCAACACAGAUCCUUCCAUUCCCAGAGGGAGCGCAGAAAGGUUUCUAGGCCAGGAACUGCUUUACAUGGAAGUCUUCGGCCUUUCCGCUACCCCUGUCUAUUUUAAACUGGGGUGAAAUUCACACUACCUCGCUCUGUGAAGAUGAGAUCCAGUGCUGGGCUGUUUACUUAACCGUCUGUUUACUGCCCUUACUAAGCCCUUUAAUCUCUCACAGAUUUAAAGCACUGUUCUGUAUCUCUGAGGCAUCAGCACAAUAAGGAGGAAGCAGGCUGCUCUCAAGCCUUCCUUCUUACAGGUAGUUAGGGGCAUACUAGCAAUUGUGUUCCUUCUGAAUGUGGUGUGAUCUCUCAGAGCUGCUUGUGAGUUGUCCCCCCAUCAGUACCUUUAAAGGAUAAUGCAUUCACUUUUCCUUGGAUGCUAGUGACAGUGGUCUGCAUAGGAGAAGAGCCCAUUUAGCGUGUGGCAGGCUGGUGGCCCAGGACCCACUGGCAGGGGUCGCAGCAGCAUCCCCUUGCUGAAGCAAUGGACCUGACUAGUCUUUCUGAAUUUUGAACACUUUCAGGUUGUAUUUUCCUCCCUUUUUUGUACAUUGUUGUGAUUCUAAAGCAUUUCAGCCUUUGUUUUGUGUUUUUUAUUUGUUACAGACUAACUUCAGGUGAUUUGCACCUAGUUUGGCAAGGUGUGGAUUUUUUUUUAAGGGGGGGGAUGGGGUUGACAUUGAAACAGCAAUUGACAAAAAAGCACAUUUUGGAAAAAAUUAAAAAUGCUGAUUUAAUGUCAGAGCCUGGAGUCUUGGCUUUGAGGUUGCUUUAGGCUUGUAGUGCAACAGCGCUUGUUUGCAUAAGCGUUUACUUGGUUUUUGAUGUUACAUUAUCAGAAGGUCUGACCACGUCUCCCUGACGUGUCUGGGAGGUAGUGAAGUAUACUUCCCAUUAUGUCGGUAGCUCAUCUUUGUCCAAGUUUGUGCAGAAGGAUCUGUGGCAAAGCCAAUAGCUGAGCCAAAUCUCCUGAGCAUAAACACCUUUGCUGCCUAACUGUGGGAGAUUUGAAGUUCUGCUCUGUCUUAGGCCAAGUCGAUUCUUUACUUUGGGUCCAGCAGAGUACUCUUUUGCAGUUUGGCCCCUCUAUUUAACUUUACUCCACGUUGUAAAGAGAAGGGCUUUCCAUGAGCAGGAAGGGGAGCUGUUCAAGCAGAGGACUGUGACUAAGCUCCAGUUCUGCAGCCAACUGUCACCUGCAUGUAUCUUGUGCAGAGCAUGUGCCUUCCUCUUACUGCUACCAGGAUUCUUUGCCAUCUGUGUGUUUUCAGUCCUCGACCACAGGACUUGUACACUUGCGAAAGUAAAUUACUCUUUUCUCCUCCUGCAGUGCAGGCGCACCAGCUUUGAAUCCUAAGAGGGAUCUAAAUACCUCCCAGCCAGCUGCCUCUGGGUCAGGUCUCUUGAUUUCUGAUUCUUUGCCAGCUCUCUCUCUCCCCUAAAAGUGCUAGCCAAAAAAGUUCUAAUGAAGGAUGUCAAGUGAAUAAGACCAAAGCGCAAAGCCUUCUCUGAAAUCUCCAGAGAUUUCUUUCCCAAGCAGUGCUUGUGUUAGUUUCUGUACUAGCUUCUCCCAGUGCUUAGCUGACAGGUUCUCAGGAGGUGUAGAUGGACUUCACAUACACAAGUCUAAUAGAUUUGUGCAAUGAAGAUGGUCCUUUUCUGGCUUCUUGUGUGGGUUGCUGCAGUGUACUGGUCAUCCAGUUCCUCACAAGGUUUGACUAAUGAGGAAGGGUUCUCUGGUCAUCACUAAACUUUUUUCUUGCCCUCCCAUUUCUAAAGGCAGUCCUGGAAGGAGGCAGGAGGAAUGCAAAUGCCUUUGGAAAUAGGUUUACCUCCUCAGCAAGCCACAGCUUUCUGGGGAAAUUGGUGUGAAUUUGGCAUCCUUGAUGUUUGUUGCCUGCCUACUAAAGGAGCUGCAUUAGUUUGCUGAAGCUUCUUUAAUAUGUUGGAAGUUCUUGAGUUUGUUCUUAUAUUUUGUUGUUGUUGUUCUCGAAGCCUGGCUGUGGGAGGAGGCCUUAUUUGCACUUCAGUAUGCGUUGCCUUUGAUCAGCAAAGAAACAAGGGAGGAAAUAGCACUUUGAGUAAAGAUCUGUCCCAUGCUUGAUGGUGCGAGGGAUGGGAAAGGACAGAGAAGGGAUGGAGUACUGGACAGAACUGAGUUUUCUCUGUGUGUGGCUUUCCUGGUGUGCUGGCUGUGUGCUCAGUACCGCAAAAGGAAGGGGGCGUCUUUGCAAUGAGCCGGGUCUGAGAUGAGUCAUUAACAAAUGACAUGCAGAGAGUACCUGGGGGAGGCAAACAGCUCUGCAGCAGCUGGUUAAUGAAUCUGGCUUGAAGGAAAGAGUUAGAAGCUAUUCCAGGAAUGGAGCAGAAGGCAGAGUUGUUAAUGGGGAAGAAUGCAGGAGGUGCAAUGCUGUAUGAGAAGGACAGCAGAUAAAGACUGCGUUGACUCCCUGUGGCUGCAGGGAGGGAAGCAGCUCGGAACAGUUAUGUGAAUUAGGGGCUGGUGGGGGUUGAGUUGUAGUCAGUUUGGAGGGGAGUGUCUGGAGAGCUUAAUCCUGUUGUGAGGAUGAGAGGGAGAUGGAAGCAGAGGUGGAUUUGAUGCAAAGUCCAAUGUAUUGCAUGUGCCUGUUGGAGGCAGCUAACACUGCUUGUCUGAGCACUGCCGGACAUUGCUUCCUGAUGUGGGGAGACCAUCCUGCCCUACUUUGUGUUAUGGCAGCCAUGGGCUGCUCCAGCUGCAGCUCACUUCAAGACUGCAGCAGGACGGAGUUCAAGCUAUUGAACUUCUGUUUGCCUCCUCCACCCGGGGAGAGAGAGAGAGAGAGAGAGAAAGUAGAUGGAGUUGCCUUCCCUCUGCUCUUCAGGGCUUUAUUAUCCAGCUUCAUAUUCUGCAGCUCUGCUUGUACUAGUGCUUGUUUAAUAUGGAGCUGAGCACUGAGCUGGAAAAUGGAAGAGAGGAUCUCAGCCGAUUGCAGUGCUGGUAGACUGCCCUAGCCCUAAAGCUGUGCCUCAUGCUAACAAAUGUCCCUGGCAUUCCUGCUGUGACUCAGUUUAUACCAGCUACCAUUAGGCAAUUCUGGAACACAGUAAAGCAAUGUUGAUGACAAUCUUUUUACAGAAAGAAAUUCUGACUCAAAACCUAUUGGGUCCCCCCCCCCUUAUCUGAGUUCACUGGUAGCCCAGUGUUCUGUUGCGAGCAGGAGGGGUCUGCUGAGAGACCCUCUGUUCAGAUUUGAGACCCAUCCUGCAACCAGCCAUGGGCAGACUUGUGAAAACCCAUGGAUGCCCAUGGAGCUUCAUGCAGGCUUGGAGGUCUGCCCUGCUAGGGCCACAGUUAGCUUGAGGCUCAGUCCUCAGACUGACAGCCAAGUGACACACAGCCUGCAGCUGCUGGAGAGGUCUCUCUCCAUAGGUCGGAUACAGGAGUAGGAACUGCAGAGCUGCUUUCCAAAGUGAAAGUGGGGAGAGUGAAGGUUUCCUUCCCACGGUAGAGAGUGGUAGUAAGAGAUGGCUGUUCUCCUGCCAGCCCUGCGAAGUGAAUUUUGCUGAAUAACAUUCAGUUGCUGAAAGAGUGGGAAAUGAUGCAUAACUUCUUUUCUUUAGCAUUUUGCUUAUCCUAUGGGGAGAAAAUGCAUUGAAACACUCACUCAAAAAAAAAAAAAAAAAAAAAAAAAAAAAAAAGAAGUCGAGUUUGUUCAUUGCAGGGAAUGCAGAAAUGAGGGGACCAUCAGCUUGGAUAGUGCUAUUAGAAUGUGACAAAUUGCAUAGGUAGAUCAGACUUGUAGAAGUUCAGUUCUGUACAGGUUUAUAUGAAUGCUGGCUAAACUGUUUAGAGAGGCCUCAGAUACUAAAAACCAAACAAAGCACACUUUGUCCUGGGGUAAAACAGUCAAAGUAUAUGCAUUUGUAGGCUUGUUGGUGCUGCUGUUUUUUUUAUUUUGUGAGCCUUUUGCAAACGUUGCAGUGAGAGAAACAACAUUGUUCUUUGUUAUUCUGAAGAUUGGGAAAUAGAUUAAAUAACUUGCCCUAGAAUUAUAUAGACCCAGUUAGUCAGACCUCUGAGACCUACUCUCAUGUAAUAUGUUGCUUUUUCCCCCACCAAGUCCUCUACAGCAUCUGACCUAACACAAAGAAACAAAAUAGUGGAACUGCUUAGCUUAUUUUUGCUCAAUCUGAGAGAUUGUAACCCACGGGCAUCAGGAAGGGUUAAUUAAAGUUUAAAGCGAUCUUGGCUCUUAUUUGCAACCUCAACCUUGUAUUUUUAUUGUGGAAUUUUAGCCUAACAGUCUGACAGUCUGAUUGAAUUUAUCAGCUUUUUUUUUUUUUUUUUUUUUUUUUUUAGAAAUAUGUCAUUGUUUCACUCUGCUCUGUGGCAAAGGUCAUUGUCUCUCAGGGACUGUUGACAUUUUGCUGAUAUUUCAGCAGUCAUGGCCCUAUUGCAGAGGAAAGUGGUUGAAGCUAGAAAGAUGUACUAUUAAGAGAGCAGGUAUUUACCCCCUAGUCUGAUUGGCUGCACCCUGCUUCUUAGAGGCACAGUGGUGGUACUCCCAUCUCUGAUCAGUGAACCAGGCAAAGGAUUAGGCAGAGCAGCUGUCCACUCCCUGUCUCCAAAUAUACAGGCACGCAUGCUUCGUUUCCCACAACACAGAGAUCUUGAGAGAUGACUUGAUGUAUUUACUGCAGGCUGCAAAUUGCAUGAGUGUGAUAGCUGCGAUCAUGGCUUUUCCAUGUCAAGAAAAAGGGAAGGUGUUGCUGCACUAGUGAGUGAACAUGCACACUGGAAAUUCGAGGUAGUAAAGGGUUGCCAUAAGGUCAUUUAACAGUCCUGAAAUGUGUAUUUCUCUGCACAGCUCAGAAGAAUUUGUGCCAGUAGUCCCUGCUUGAUGUAGUUUAUUAAAAGAUAGGGGACCCUUCCACAGCUCUAGGUCUCCUGUAGAAGCUUGUGAACCUCAGUCUCAUUAGGACAUUUUUCAAAUGCUCAUGCACAGAUGAUAUCUGUGUUUCGAGAAGAGUUGAUUGUAGUGGGUAAGGGAAACUUCGCUCUUUUGGAGAUCUGCCUUCUUGUGAGUUUUCUGAGCUUCUCUGAAAGCAGGGCCGUAUCCUCAUAGCUAUGAAGUUUAGAAGUUGUGCUGUCUAGUCUUCCAGACUCUUCUUGAAGGUGUUUAUCUUGCUAGCCCUGAUGUUUCAAUCCCUGUCUCAUGAUCAGCACAUUCCUAAGUCUGCCUUGCUCUGAUGCAAUAAGUAACAUCUUGGUGUUUCAUUGUCACCUUCACAGCUGUUAGAGAGCACCAGUUCCUACAGGAUCACCUGCCAGCUGUGAUGCUAUUCCUUUUACAUCAUUGUGAGAUGACACCUCUCCAAACUGGCAGACAAGCCAGGUGGGUAGGCACUGCUCCUCAGAGCUGUUCUGCAUCUAGGGGGCAAAGGCUAUUGCCUGGUUUAGCAUAAUGGAAAUCAAGGACAAGGACACCGGAUGGUGCUAUAAAUAAGGGGCGAAGCACAGAGCUGUGUCCUAGUCCAGCUCUUGUACAGAUGCAGAGAGUAACCUUGGGCAAAUCAGCUGUUCUUCACCUGAGUUUCCCAGGACAGCAUCUCUCAUGUGUGAUGGCUGUGGCAGAGGUUUUUUAAGUGCUUUGGUCUCCUGGCUGGGCAGAGGUUCAUUGCUGAUGUAAUUAAAGAAGCAGCAGCCCAUGUGUAUGGGAGGGGAGAACCUUAAAGCUUUUUAAGCAUUUCUGGAAGUCAUCUUCCUCAGGUAAACCAUACCCUGCUUUUUCCCCGAUGCAAAUAAGUUUGCCCAUUGUGGGAAUAUAGGCCUGGAGUAUUAUGGGUAAUAUGCCAGGUUAAUUAUGGAGGGGGCAGAAAAAUAGCCUGUGCUGUUUUCAACAAUAUCAAAGGGAUGCUACCUAAUGAUUUUCCUAUUAGCUCUUUUCCCAGCCUGCCAGAGUCACUGCAGAAGUGUCAUUUACAAAGGCAGUUUGCAACUCAUUACCCUGGAUUUUCACUGUAGUUCUGCUCCAGAGAGUGUGGGCCUUUGCUGCGUGCCCCAAACUAAUGAAUUGCCUGAUAUGGCUAGUGCUGCCAUCCCUUCUGACAAGGUUAGUUGCUGACUGACAGGAAGGGGCCUGCAUUCAAUUCCCUUCUUGCAUGCCACUUGUGCCUGUGUUGAGAGAAGGCUCCCUCUGGAAGCUGCCCUGUGAUCCCUUUCCUUUGUUUUUCUGCAUUCAGAGGGAAGCAGUCCAUGCUUGGAGAUGUCCUAGAGCAAGUGAUGGGGGCUUGUGUGCUGCUGCCCCUGGCAGUCCCUGCUCAGUGUCUCAAGUCCCUUUCCAGCUGGAAAAUUCCAUUGCUCUCUUGCUUUGGGGCUCUGGGCUUUUCUUUCUCUUUGUUGGUUGGGGACCUGCUGUCACUGAGCUGGGCUUUGUAACCCUUCAGUAAUAAAUACUGUGGAAAAGAAGCAUUAAUGAUACAGGGGAAAAGCAUGCAGUGUGGGCUGGGAAAAUAGAGCUGAUUUCCAGUGUGGUACAGGGCAGUUGUGCGUUCUAUUGUGGGAGCUCCAAGGUCUGCUCUGGCCUGCUCAGGCUUUGUAAAGCAGCGCUAGAGAAAACUCCAUGUCCUUUCUCACUAGACAGCAGCGUGCUCUUUCAGGCUACGACCUUACGGUUCAUCUCAUGCUCUGAAUGGCUCCUGAAGAGGGGAAAUCAGGGCUGUUGCUCCCUAUGUCAUGUCACAAGUGCUCCCAGUUGAAAGCUGAAUGUGGAUACUGCUCAUUCAGCUGGUUGAACUGGAAACAUAGGUUUCGCGGGUGUUAAUUUGAGCUCAGUGUUGGCAAGAGGAGUUUGGGACUCCCGCCAUCCUUGCUUCCAGCUGUGUGUUUACACAAGUAUCAGCCUCUCCAAAUGCCAUCCUCUCCUGAGCUCACCUUUGAGAAGUCAGGUGCCACUCCCUGAGGCUGCAGCUUAUAUCCAGAACAGCUUUUUCCUUUCAGUUACGCGCUCUCCUUGCUGGCAUGUGACGAGGGAGGUUUCUAGCGCUGGGCCUGGAUCCUUUUGCUGGGUGUCAUCAGGAUUUAACCUGGCUGGUCCACAAAGGAGUCAGUGAAGUGAGAUCGACUUGCUUCCACUGCAUGUGAUGCCUCCUCCCCUCUUAAUUGGAUUCUUGUGUCCUCUUUCUUUCCUCCUGGCCUUGUUUCCUACAGAGCCCCUAUCAGGGAGACCUAACUGUGGCCUUAUUGGAUGCUUGCUGUGCUCUAAUGAGCUGUCUCUAUUUCUCACUCUGGCCUGUCUGAGGAAGGUGCUUGAGGAAGGUGCUCGAGGAAGGUGCUCGUUGCCACUCUGGAAACUGGCCUCUGCUUUCAGCCCCAUUCUGCCCUGCAGAACAGCCAGACCCACCAUGCUGGCUGGGCUGUGCAGGUGCUGAGCUUAAGUUGAUCUGAAAGGUUUCCCAAGUGCUCUUUCACCCCUGAGUGCUGCCUUUUCUCUUGCACAUCAUGCCUGCAUGGGGAGAGUUGGUGUUCCCAUCCCGCAGGUGGGAAACCAGCUUGCUGAGGGGCAGGGUGACUUAUCCAUGGUCAGAAAGGAAGCGACAAAGCAGGGAACCAAACUUCUAUCCUUUCCUUCUGCACAGGGAGCUCUUACUGUGAUUGCUCUCCUGCUGCUGAACUAGCAUCCUUUUGAGAUGCAGCUUUGUCUUUUCCUUUAGACUUGCUCUUUUCUAGGAAGCCCAGUGGAGGGAAGGAACCCAUGCUGUAGGGGCUGUGCUCUGCCCCUCGGACUGCACUCUGCAAAGGGAAUCCAGACCCUGUGUGACCCCAGGCUCUGAUCUCUCUGAGGUACCCCCAAGCUGAGCUCAGGCCAUUGUGCCCUGCACAGGCUGACAAAUUUUGUGUUGUGAAUUCCUAGGAUCAAAAGUUCUGUCUGCCCCGGCCUCCAGGGGCCCCCUGUCAUCAGGCGGAUGGCUUCAUUCCAGCUCUGCUUUUGCAACAGAAAGCUAAAGCUGGAAGGGAAAUUUAGCUUGGUCCCAGCCUGGUAUUCUACUGGCUUCAUGCUCAAGGAACGGGACCCCAAAGGGGGACCGGCAGUACCAUCUUCUUUUGCACUACUCUUCAGACCUGGUGUGCAAGGUCUUGACACCAAGUGAUUCCUUAUUGUCCCUUAGGUUUGCUAGGUGACACUUGACAGUGCCCUCUGGGCAUUUCUUAAGGUGCACAACCCCUCCCUGCCUCUAAAGAUAUGCAGAAGAGGUAGGGAGAACUUUGUGGGUGUUAUGUUUGCCUUAAGGAACUUACAGAGCCCUGCAGUGGACUGUCAUUAUGUAUAGACAUCUCUGGAGGGCGCUCACUGACCCUGAGGCAGGGCACAGAGCUGCGCUAGCUGCCCUUGCUGCCUGCCUCGAGCCCUGCCUCCAGAGAUCCUGAAUUUGUUCCCAAUAGGCAAUGUCUUACAUGUCCAUCAGCUGCUGCUUCCCAUCCAACUGGACUCUGUGGGCCCUGUGAGGUGGGUGCCUGCUCCUCCUGGAGGCUUGCCCUUACAAGACUAGAAAUGUCACGUGCACACUUAAACCUGAUGCUUGAGCUGUCUGUUGGGUGUCUGGAGGAAUCCUGUUUGUCUGUAAACCUAGUGUCCUGUAAUAGUUGGGGAGAGUCUGGCUGGAGGUUUCUGUGGUUUCCUGGUGGUUGCUAAGGAAAGGAAUCUCUUUGCCUCUAGGUCUUGGUGACUUUCUUUUUGCCCUGUCCCAGGCACCGGAGCUCAGUGGUACGUAAUACUCAUCGUUUUCCAGCCCGCUACAAUGGUCAGGGUAUAAUUUGUGACUCUCAUCACGGCUCGGCUGGGCGCCUGCCACUCUUUUCUAAGGCCUCUUUGAAGAAUGAGACCAAAGAGCCUUCAUACCGGAGUUUUGCUUGUUUGCUGUGCUCCCCACCCCCUUGCUUGCUGUUUCCUUUAGAGUUCCGAGUCAUUUUAAUGAUUUAUUUCAUGCACUUUACAUAGAAAGAAGCUGUAGCAACAGCUGUGUUCAUGAAUCCUUACCAGGCAGCUCUCAGUAUAUCUUGGUCUGUCUAUGUAUUGUCCCAGGCACAGUUAAAUAAAUCUCUCUGCUGGAGAAAAGGACUUUACAGUUUAGUGGUGAAUGUUAGGAGAAUGGGAAUAUCAAGAAGAUACUUAAUAAGCUGCUGGAUCCUAGAAUAGCAGCACUUCCAGCACAGAGCUCUGUUCCUGCUAGCACAGCCAGGGCAGGUCUCUCUGGUGCUUUCGGCAGCGACUGCAUCUCCAUGUGCAGAUACACGGCACCCAGUGAUUCAGCUAUACUUGGGGAAUGAAAUCUGGACCCACAUCUGCAGGCUGGGAGCGGUGGAAACACUCCUAGGCCAAAUGCUGCUCAUCACAGCACUAUCAAUCCGGAUGUAGGCUGUUGAACGCGAUGGGCUUGUUUCCAUGGGUGCAAUUCAGGAUCCAGGCGACAGAUGAGUUGCCUGAGGCAGCAUGCUCUUGCAGUGAGUUCAUUCGGGUUCUGCACAGGCUUGCAGCUGCACGCAGCGCUAGGCAGGAUUCGGUCCAUCCGAACAUCGCAGGAUUGGGCGCAAGUUUACUUUGCAUAAGGGAUCAAAGCUUAAAAUAUCAGCUGGCCUUUCUCUCGCUCUUGACUUUUCUAAAACAUCUGAACAGAUUCUUCUUUAACUCUGUUAAAAUCAAUCAAUCUGACAUUUAAAUUGUAAGUGAAUUUGAUAAAUAAAGACAGGUUACAAAAUGCCA